UCUCUCCUUCUCCCUCUGUCUCUCCUUCUCCCUCUGUCUCUCCCCCUGUCUCUCCUUCUCCCUCUGUCCACUCCUUCUCCCCCUGUCUCUCCUUCUCACUCUGUCCACUCCUUCUCCCUCUGUCUCUCCUUCUCCCUCUGUCCACUCCUUCUCCCUCUAUCCACUCCUUCUCCUUCUGUCUCUCCUUCUCCCUCUGUCUCUCCUUCUCCCUCUGUCUCUCUUUCUCCCUCUGUCUCUCUUUCUCCCUCUGUCCAUCCCUUCUCCUUCUCCUUACCUUUUCUGUCUCGGCCUUUCUCCCUCUUUCCGCACAACUCUCUUUCUCCCCUUCCCCUUCUCCAAAUCUCCCUUCUCUCUUUUCUUUAACUCUCUCUCUCCAUGUAGUAUCAGUGGAAGUGAUGGGGACCCAGUCAGACCUGAGUGACAGUGGGGCUGAGAGAGGACGAGUGAAGGUGGAGUUCACCCAACACAGUCUCAGUUACAUGGACAGACUUCUCAUCAAGAGACACCGCAGGAAGCCGAUGGAAGCCUAUCAACCAGUGUCCUCCCUGGUCUCAGUGCAGAGCUCCCCAACACACACACUGACAGCUGAGGACGUGGAGUUGAGGAGGUACUGUGCCUCGCUGUUUGCUGUGUCAUCCUGCGGGGGCAGCGCUGAGCCAGAGCCCUCACCUGGAUCGUGUCUGAGCAUACAGGAGUUAGAUGAGGAGACAGUUAGAGACAGAGGGUUUGUUACCGAACAGAAGGCUGAAGACAACACAAAGCAAGAGGAAGUCAAUGCAAUUGGAGGUCCUAACCUGUCCCACAAUGCAUUAUCCCAGGGAGCCAUGUUGUCUGGGUCUCCAGUGACCUGGUCACCUCGCCCUCUGUUGGUCUCUAAAGUGGGGACCACUCAGAUACCACAACCUGACCACACUAGUGUACGGUCUCCAAGGUCCACCACCGCGUCACCUCAGCCCAGAGGACCAAUGACCCCUGGGUCGUCAACCAAGACACCAGCCAAGUCAACACGAACGGACUGUUCUUACAACCUCCAUCAGUCAACUCUAGACCCCUCAUCCCCCAGCCCUUCUCCCUCUACACCCAAUCCAGAGCUCUUAUCUGCAGGGCCCCCAUUCUCUCUGUCUCCCUCUCCACCCUAUCUCCACUCCCUCAGGUCCACAUUCUCUCUCUCACCUACAAGCCUCUUGGAGCCAGAGUCACCUCCGUUACCCAAAGGUCGUCAUGCCUCCAGGUUUAUUUACCCCAAACACCUGCCUGACAGGUUGUCACCUCCAAAACCUCUCUCCCUGAAGUCUCAGUCAUCGCCGUCACCACCAGAACCCUUAUCGUCCGCCUUGCCGUACUCUCAGUCACCUAGGAAACAAUUAUCCAGCAGGUCACAAAAUACCAAGUCACCCAGUGACCCUCUCUCUCCCGUGUCACCAGGAAGUCCUGCGUCCUACAGGUCACCUCCAAAACCGUUAUCCACCAUGUCACCAUCAACGCCAUCACCUCCAGAUGCUCUGUCCUCUAGGAAGGUGUCGAUUCCGUCUCAAGAGGAACCCCUGUCCACCCAGUCAGCCAUGUCAUCCCACCCCUCUCCUUCUCUUUCCCUGAUGAGUGACUCACCACCACAUUCCUCUGACACACUGACAAACUACAGCUUCCAGCAGACACCACGGGAGCUCUCAGGGUCAGGGAUCAGAAAGUCACGCAGUCCAGCCCUCUUUCACCGGAUGCCUGCAACAGAUGUUGACAUAGAGUCAUCCAGUGACAGCCCGGGCCUGACGCCCUGCGAAGAAGACUCCUCAGAGGAGGAGAUGAAGAUGGAUGGAUGUUUAGAGGAGUGGGGGGGUAGUGCAGAGCACAGCUGCUCUACCUUCCUCUCUCCCACCCUUCUCCCAGAGGGUUCCCCUGUCUUCCUAACAGCCCUGGACCCAGAACCAGAGACAGGAGAGCUGGUCCCAGAACCAUCCAUAGCGCUGCGUGCUGUGGCCCAGAGAGAGCCGUCCGAGGCGCGGAGCUUCUGUGGUCUUGAGGGCUUCCCCAUUCUGAUGGACCUCGGUUCUCCACAGCCCAGCCCACGUCCCACACAUUCUCACCCAGACACGCAGGACAGCGUACACACACUCACAACAGGGCCUGAUUUAGACCUGGGACACCAGGUGGGGUGA